GAGAAAUGUGGUACUCUCCCUUUAAGCGCCUCUCCUCGUUGCUCGCUUCCCCAUUUCGCUGUUUUAUUUUCAUUCCCACCUCUCGUGAUCAUGGCUGCUAACUGUACUGAAGAGCCGUUCCCCUUCCACGGGCUGCUCCCCAAAAAAGAGACCGGCGCCGCGUCUUACCUCACCAGGUUCCCGGACUACGAUGGGCGAGGGGUGCUCAUCGCGAUCCUGGACACCGGCGUGGACCCUGGGGCCCCCGGCAUGCAGGUCACAAGUGAGGGGAAACCAAAACUCAUUGACAUCAUUGACACGACGGGCAGCGGAGACGUGAACACGAGCAUAGUGGUGGAACCUAAAGAUGGGACAAUCACUGGCCUCUCUGGUAGAACACUUAAGAUUCCUCCUGCUUGGGUCAAUCCAUCAGGGAAGUAUCACAUUGGAGUUAAAAAUGGCUACGAGUUCUUCCCCAAGGCUCUUAAAGAAAGAAUCCAGAAAGAGCGAAAAGAGAAGCUGUGGGACCCAUCACACAGAGCAGCAGUCUCUGAGGUCUGUCGCAAGUUAGAAGAGUUUGAUUCGUCUCAUCCAACACCCUCACAGCUGGAGAAGUUGCAGAAAGAAGAGUUGCAGAGUCAGUCAGAGCUGCUGGUAUCACUAGAAAAGAAGUACAGUGAUCCUGGUCCAGUGUAUGAUUGUGUGCUUUGGCAUGACGAUGUCACUUGGAGAGCUGUAGUGGACACGUCAGAAUGUGGAGAGUUGUCACAGUGCACUGUGCUGACCUCGUACAGAGAAAACCAAGAGUAUGGCUCCCUAGGAAAUGCUGAGAUGCUUCACUACUCUAUCAACAUUUAUGAUGAGGGAAAUACACUGUGCAUCGUCACCAGUGGAGGGGCUCACGGGACACAUGUAGCAAGUAUUGCAGCAGGAUACUUUCCUGAGGAGCCAGAGCGCAAUGGUGUCGCCCCUGGUGCCCAAAUCCUGGCUCUGAAGAUUGGUGACACACGCCUCAGCACUAUGGAAACAGGCACAGGACUCAUCCGUGCGAUGAUUGAGGUCAUCAACCAUAAGUGUGACCUGGUUAAUUAUAGUUACGGGGAGGCCACCCACUGGCCCAAUUCAGGGAGGAUUUGUGAGGUGAUCACAGAGGCUGUGCAGAAACACAACGUGAUAUUUGUUUCAAGUGCAGGAAACAACGGGCCAUGUCUGUCUACAGUUGGUUGCCCUGGAGGAACUACAAGUAGUGUGAUCGGCGUUGGAGCAUAUGUGACCCCUGACAUGAUGGUGGCAGAGUAUUCCCUGAGGGAAAAGUUGCCUCCUAACCAGUAUACUUGGUCAUCCAGAGGUCCCAGUACAGAUGGAGCACUGGGAGUCAGCAUCAAUGCCCCAGGUGGCGCCAUUGCGUCUGUACCUAAUUGGACCCUUCGUGGAACCCAGUUGAUGAAUGGCACAUCCAUGUCAUCUCCCAAUGCCUGCGGAGGCAUCGCGCUAAUCCUCUCAGGGCUGAAGCAGAAUGAUAUGCACCCCUCUGUUCAUGCUGUGAGGAGAGCGCUGGAAAACACGGCUCUGAAGGUUGAUGACAUAGAAGUGUUUGCACAGGGCAAUGGAAUAAUUCAGGUGGACAGGGCACUAGACUACCUCAUUCAGCACGCGUCUCUACCCACAAGCCGCCUUGGCUUUUCGGUUACUGUGGGAUCACAGAGAGGCAUCUACCUCAGGGACCCGUCCCAAAUUCUUGCACCGUCAGAUCACGGAGUUGGAAUUGAACCCAUAUUUCCAGAGAACACAGGAAACUCUGAGCGAAUCUCCUUGCAGCUCCACUUGGCGCUUACUUGUGCUGCUCCGUGGGUGCAGUGUCCGUCCCAUUUAGCACUGAUGAACCAGUGUCGACACGUCAAUGUCCGCAUCGAUCCUGUUGGCCUGAGAGAGGGCGUGCACUACAGUGAGGUGUGUGGUUACGACACAGCAGCACCCAGUUGUGGGCCGCUCUUCAGGGUUCCCAUCACAGUCAUUAUCCCCACCAAAGUGACGAACACUCGUAAUCAUGAGGUGUGUUUCUCAGACGUCCACUUCAGACCUGGACAGAUCAGACGCCACUUCAUCAGUGUCCCUCAGGGAGCCUCGUGGGCAGAGGUCACAUUAACAUCGCAUUCAGGGGACGUGUCUUCAAAGUUUGUUCUCCAUGCAGUGCACCUGGUCAAACAGCGAGCGUACAGAGCUAAUGAAUUCUACAAGUUCUCCUCAUUGCUGGAAAGGGGCUUGUUAACCGAGGCAUUUCCUGUGCUGUCAGGUAAGAUGGUCGAGCUCUGUAUUGCACGCUGGUGGGCGAGUCUUCAUGACAUCACGGUGGACUACAGCAUCUCAUUCCAUGGACUGUCCACUUCUCCUUCUCCUCUGCAUGUACACGCUUCAGAUGGAGUCACGAGUUUUGAAGUCUCAUCACCUCUGAGGUAUGAGGAGGUGUCCCCCACCAUCACCCUCAAGUCUUGGGUUCAGCCCCUCAGGCCUGUGAGUUCUAAAAUAAAAGCCCUGGGAGUGAGGGAUAUCUUACCUAACAACAGACAAAUCAGUGAGAUUGUUCUCACCUACACCUUUCACCAGCCUAAGAGUGGGGAGGUGACCCCCAGCUGCCCCCUGCUGUGCGAGCUCCUGUAUGAAUCUGAGUUUGACAGUCAGCUGUGGAUGCUGUUUGAUCAGAACAAGAGACUCUUGGGCUCAGGAGACGCCUACCCACACCAGUAUUCUCUGAAGCUGGAAAAGGGGGACUACACGGUGCGUCUGCAGGUGCGCCACGAGCAGUCCAGUGAGCUGGAGCGACUUAAGGACUUGCCAUUUGUGAUUUCCCAUCGGCUGUCCUCUACUCUGAAUCUGGACAUCUAUGAGACGCACCGUGCUGCGCUCAUAGGCAAGAAGAAGGCAAACUCUGUUACGUUGUCCCCGGGGUCGACACAGCCCUUCUACAUAACGGCUUUGCCAGAUGACAAGAUCCCUAAAGGUACAAGUCCAGGAUGCUAUCUUUCAGGCUCACUUGUUGUCCCCAAAAGCGAGUAUGGCAAGAAAGCAGGGCAGGCCUCUGCAAAACGACAAGGAAAGUUUAAAAAGGACAUUGUUCCAGUCAUCUACCACUUAAUUCCUGCUGCCAACAAAACAAAGAACGGAGGGAAGGAGAAAGACAAGGAAGGAGACAAGGAGAAAGAUGUGAUGGAGGAGUUUGCAGAAGCCUUGAGAGAUUUGAAGAUUCAGUGGAUGACAAAGCUGGAUUCCAGCUCCAUUUAUGAUGAACUGAAGGAAAACUAUUCAGAAUACCUUCCACUGCAUGUACAGAGACUGCACCAGCUGGACUCUGAAAAGGAACGUGUCAAACAUCUGAGAGAGGUGGUGUCAAUGGCUGACACGGUCAUUUCUCACAUUGACCAAACCACCUUGGCCGUCUUCCUCUCCAUGAAGACGGACCCACGACCAGAUGCCGCCUCCAUCAAAAUUGACAUGGAAAAGCAAAAGACCUCUCUGCUGGAUGCGCUGUGUAGGAAAGGGUGCGCCCUGGCUGACCAGCUCCUGCUGGUUCCUUCUCCACAGGAUGGUGCUGGUGCUGUUGCCACAGGACAAGCAGCAGAAGAGGAGGUUGGAGAGCAGGCCGCCAGCAGCUCUGAUGACUCCCUGCAAGAUGUAGCAAAAUCUCUCAAUGAUACAUUCUGGGAAGUGCAGAAGUGGGCGGAGCUCACUGACUCCAAAGUGCUGAUGUUUUCAUACAAACACGCUUUGGCCAACAAGAUGUACGGCCGAGCCUUAAAAUUCGCCUCAAAGAUGAUGGAGGAGAAGGCCACCAAAGAGAACAUGAAAAACUGUAUUCAGCUUAUGUGGCACCUCAGAUGGACACACAGCGCCACCUUCAGUGAAAACUGGCUUCCUGUGAUGUACCCUACGGACUACACGCCGUUCUAGGCGGGGACACUGCAACCGGACAAACAAGACACGGUCAAACUCAGUCCAUCACACGGUCGCUUUGACUGCGAGUCCUUCAUGGUCACAUGGUUUACGUUUCUGACCAAGCGACUGUCUCCUGCAAAUUUUGAUUGAUGCAGUGCACGUGAUUACCAAAAACGAACCAGACUGUAAAUGGUUUGAUGCACUUGCCACCUUAAAAAAAACAAGUUGAGGAUUGCUCUCAUCUCACAGAGCUACACGGCAAGCAGCAGGUCCUCUGUGAGCGAGUGUCGCCACUCUGACACGUCAGACGCCCUCAGUGGUUCUGCUGUCCUGAAUGUGACAGAGAAGCUACAAACUGUUAACUUCACCACCAGGACUGAUCCUGUACUCACUGAAGAGAUUUUUGUUUUAACUCGUGUCUUUUCUUUUCAUUUAGUAUCAUCUAAACAUUUGGGGAGACUAAACGGGCUCCAGCAUUCUGAACUCCAUGUUGUUUCAGUAUAAUUGUUUUCCUCGUGUAUAUACCAGACACCUUAAAAAAAAAAAAAAAAAAAAAAAUCGCAAAUCUUCAAACAGCUGUGACCUCACCUGCUCUUACCUUUGAGGGAGAAACUGCCAGUGAGAAGGAGCUGCUACAUGGAGAUGAUGGGAUGUGUGAGAACUCUUGAUUGAAAGGACGAUUUUAGUUAGAAGCUCUUGUUUUUCCUCCUUUAUUUCUUUAAGUUAAGCUAAGAUAGUAGAUAUAUUGUUUCAGGCACCGGUGGAUCUUAAGGGGGCAAAACAAAGUCUUUCAUGGCUCCACCUGCAGUGAUUCAUGUUGUUUAUUGUUGAAGGCAAAAGUUAAGUUCACCCCCCCAAACACACACACACGUGUCUCUGUUUGGUCACAAUAUCAAAGGGCUGGUUGUGCGUCUGCUAAAAGGCCGUGUGUAAUGCUUGACCAUUGGCUUCAGUUGCAACUCCCUUUGCUACGGGAGAAUCGUGUUGCUCACAUGCUGGCAACAGCAGACUUGUUUUUGUCUCUCUCAGCCAAGACAUCAGUGGAUUGACUUAACUUUCCAGCCGCUGCCAGCGCGUUUGUGCGCACCGGGCAGAUUUUCUUUCUGUAGUGUUGAGGUGCCUUCCUACUUGUACCCUUUUUUGUUUUUGUGAUUGGUUGAUGGGUUUGUAGGUAGCGUGCAAAAGUGCACUCGGCCUCUUCCACACAUCCGUCGUCAGCCUGUGGUGUCUGCGUGCUUUUAAAAUUCAGCAGUGUGGUGGAUCCACGCGUCGCGCACAGACUGGCAGCGACGCCAAGACUAAAGCACACAUCUCUGUCGCUCGCCUCGUACCGUUCAGCUCUGCAAACCGUCGGACAGACCUCACUCAAGUUGCUUACGUUUUAUUGUGUAAACUUCACACAGCGCCAGAAAUGUUUGUCAGCACCACGGAAAAAUAUUGCGUUUGUACACAGUGUCGUAAAAAUGUACAUACACAUAAGAAAAAAAAUUAAGAUGCAGUAGGUUUAUAAUAUAAAACAUAUAUUGUAAUUGAUGUAUUUUGCAUAUAUGCAUGUCUGGUAGGUUAGAAAGAAAACAGUUCUACUUGGAAACAGACUUUAGUUUAAUUCUGCUUGAAGGCAUUCUUAGAUUCUGGACUUGUCCCUGUCACAUCUGUGCAUUUGUUGGACUUUGUUUGACCUGCAAGGAUAUCUUAUACAGUUACCCUUUGUCCCAAAUGAACCACUUAGUUAUUUUUAGGGUUUUUCUUUCUGCAGACAACAUAUACAGAUGUGAGCUGAAUAAACGAGGGCCAUUAAUUAAUUUUUAACAGUAUCAGAGCAUUUACCCACUUUAUCAUUUCCUUAACGAAACAAAAUAAAAAAAAAAACACCUUUUAAAAAUAACAGAACAGGUGUGAUAUACCCAUCACAAAGUCUAGAAGAAUAGGUUUCAAAUCAUCCCUUUAGAUUUUAAUAGCUGCAGCUUCUGCUUUUACUUCUACUGAUCUUAUAAGUGGAAGUCGCAUGUUUUUGAAAACAGAUUGGUUUGAAACAACUCUUUAAUGGCCAUUUGUACUAGUGCAGCAGGUAAGAGAAUAUUUACAGAGUAAUCCU